UACUACAUUGUGUUUGACUAUAUGCCAUUUGGAAAAUUAAGUCGUAGAAUUACUCGCUAUCUAUAUAAUGAAAAUUCAAUCAGACUAAUUGGUUCAACCAGUUGAACCGAAAAAACAGACCUGUUUCAGUCCAAUUAACUCUUAAAACUAUGCAAUUCCAAAUAAAUAAACAAAAACUAUGCAAUUCACCUCAACAAUUAAUGAACAAAAAAGAAGAAAGAAACCAUACUCAUAUACUCACAUAAUUCUAUUACAUUUCAUCUUCAAACAUGCAAGGGUUCUUUUUCAUGUUCUUGUUCAUCACUUCACUUUCUAUUCUCAUCACAAUCUCAACCUCUACAGAUACCUUAACCUCAUCACAAAUUCUCACAACAAACCAGACUCUUGAAUCAUCCUAUGAAACAUUCGUUCUUGGUUUCAUCCCCGGAACAAAUUCAAACAUUUAUUUAGCCAUAUGGUACAAAAACAUCGACCCCAGAACAGUUGUUUGGGUCGCAAACAGAGACCACCCUCUUCAAAAUAAUUCAACCAAUGAUGGCUUUCUCAAAAUUGGUGACAAUGGAAACAUAGUACUUCUCAAUUCAUCAUCAAACAACAACCUCGUAUGGUCUUCAAAUCAAACAACAGUUACUAAAAACCAACUUGUUCUUCAGCUUUUGGAUCAUGGAAAUUUAGUUCUAAGAGAAACAAACGUGAACGACCCAACAAAAUAUCUAUGGCAAAGCUUUGAUUUUCCCACAGAUACUUUGUUACCAUCCAUGAACAUGGGUUGGAACUUCGACAAAAACACCGAAAAGCAUUUAACUUCAUGGAAGAUCACAGGUGAAGAUCCUUCAACAGGUGAUUAUUCAUUCAAAAUUGAUUUUCAUGGUUUGCCAGAAAUUUUCCUAUGGAAUGAUGAAAAUAUUAUAUAUCGAAGUGGACCUUGGAAUGGUGAAAGAUUUAGUGGUGUACCGGAGAUGGAACAAGAUACAGAUUCAUUAGUUUUCGAUUUUUCAUCGAAUGAACACGGUGUUAACUACCUGUUUAUGAUCGGAAAUCCAUCAAUUUUCUCGCUACUGGUGGUGGAUUCGUCUGGUGUACUUCAACGUCGAACUUGGGUUGAAAGUAGUAAAACUUGGACAACUUUUUGGUAUGCACCGAAAGAUCAAUGUGAUGAUUACAAAGAGUGUGGUCCAUAUAGUGUUUGUGACACUAAUGCUAAUCCGUUUUGUGUAUGUGUGAAAGGUUUUAGUCCUAAGAAUGAACAAGCAUGGAAAUUGAGAGAUGGAUCAGAUGGGUGUGUGAGGAAUAUAAAUUUGGAUUGUGAGAGUGAUAAAUUUUAUCAUAUGGAGAAUGUGAAGUUACCUGAGACAAGUUCUGUGUUUGUGAACAUGACAAUGGGAAUUGAUGAAUGUGGUGACUUGUGUCAUAGGAAUUGUUCAUGUAGUGGUUAUGCUAAUGUUUAUAUUACUAAUGGUGGAAGUGGUUGUGUUAUGUGGUUUGGUGAACUUGUUGAUAUAAGAAGUUAUUCUGAUGUUGGACAAGAUCUUUUUGUUAGAUUAGCAGCUUCUGAGAUAGCUACUGUUACACCAGCUAUAGACACAAAUGGGAAGAGAAAUGUUACACCAAUCAUCAUAGCUACUGUGAUAGUAGCAACAAUUAUUAUUGCUGCUUGUACCUAUUUCUUAUGGUCAUGGGCUUCUAAACGUUCAGCCGGUUCAGGGCAAACCCCUCAAGAAAACCAAAGUGCAAGUCUAAUUAGAGAUGUUAAACAAGUUAAAAUAGAGGACCUUCCUUUAUUUGAGUUCAAAAACAUAUCAACUGCAACAAAUAACUUCAGUUCAGCUAAUAAGAUUGGACAAGGUGGUUUUGGUUCAGUGUACAAGGGAGAGUUACCAGAUGGAUUAGAAAUAGCAGUGAAAAGACUUUCAAGAGCUUCAGGACAAGGUCUAGAAGAAUUUAUGAAUGAAGUGAUCGUGAUUUCAAAGCUUCAACAUCGCAAUCUUGUAAGACUUUUAGGCUGCUGCAUUGAAGGAGAAGAAAAGAUGUUGGUUUAUGAGUACAUGCCUAAUAACAGUUUAGAUUUUUAUCUAUUUGACCCAAUAAAAAAGAAGGUUUUAGAUUGGCAAAAACGUUUAUACAUAAUCGAAGGAAUCUCUCGAGGUCUGCUUUAUCUUCAUAGAGAUUCAAGAUUAAGAAUAAUACACAGAGACCUAAAACCAGGUAAUAUCUUGUUGGAUGGAGAAUUGAAUCCAAAAAUAUCUGACUUUGGCAUGGCCAGAAUCUUUGGAGGUACCGAAAACGAGUGCAAUACAAGAAGAAUUGUGGGAACAUAUGGAUACAUGUCUCCGGAGUAUGUAAUGGAAGGACUGUUUUCAGAGAAAUCAGAUGUUUUUAGCUUUGGAGUUUUGCUCCUCGAGAUAAUAAGUGGCAGGAAAAACACAAGUUUCUAUAAUCACGAGCAAGCACUCAGCCUCUUAGGAUAUGCAUGGAAACUAUGGAAUGAAGAUGAGGUUGUAUCUUUGAUAGAUCCUCAAAUAUGUAAUCCAGAAUAUUUGGAUGACAUUUUGAGAUGCAUACAUAUUGGACUUCUUUGUGUGCAAGAGAUUGCGAAGGAGAGGCCUACUAUGGCCACAGUUGUUUCAAUGCUUAAUAGUGAGAUUGUUAAAUUUCCUCGUCCAUUUCAACCUGGAUUCAUUCAAAGACAGAUUGAGCGUAGAGGCGAGCCAUCGCUAAACCGUGUCACUGUCACAAGCUUGCAAGGCAGAUGAUUAGCAGACAUAACGAUGCCCGUGCUGGAUCCUCAAGACUUUAAACUAAUAAUCUCUGCAUCUCAUUUACAAAUAGAUCUCUUAUGUUAUAUAAAUUGUUUUUUCCAAUAGUGAUGAUAUCCAUCAACUUUCCAAAUUCCAAGAUUACUAAAAAUGUUCAAUAUUAUUAUUAGCAUCACAAGUAUACACUCUCCACAUUUUCAAUGAAGGGUUGAAGAUGAUACCAAAUCAAAUAUAAUGACUAACAUCAUUACUUACCAUAUAUUUCCCUUGCAGGCCACUCUCGUACCAAUACCUCAGCUAGGGUUCCCUAAACAAUACAGAAAACAAAUCGUCAUUCGUCAAUGCAAUGACAUGUAUACCAGCACAAAGCAACAGACUAGCCAAAAAACAUAUUUUAAAUUGUGGUUGCAGUCGCGGAUGCGGUAAUGGUUGCGGUUGUUGCGAAUGCGGUCAUUGCGGUUGCUGCAACGUGCAAUGCAACUGUUGCGGCGUGAUGCAACGUGUAAUGCGAGUGUUUCAGCGUGAAAUCAUUUUGAAAUUUCACAAGCUAUAUAAAAUGAAACUACUAAGUAACUACACUA